GCCGAAGUGAGUUACCUUCCUGGUCUCGGUAUUCCAACACGAUGCUGACUUUGUUGAUCCUUGGGCUGCUUUGCAAGGCACAGAUGGCCUUCUCUGGAGCCGAUCCUCGCCUCCGUACACGCUUUCUCACUUGGGGCGACAAGAGGCCGGCUUCUGGUGCGGUUGCCGCUCAGCAAAUCGGCAAUAACGUCAUCCGGAGCGGCAACCAGACACUGUGGGAACCUGCGCCAGGUGAUACCCAGACGUGCCCUCCAGCUUAGCGCUGCUUUUCUGUGGAUUGUCCUCUGGUUGGUUUGUGCGUGCAGGACCUCAGAGGGAGCAGGACGACUGCAUCAAGAGCCAAGCUGGGACGUGCUGUGGGCUCGUCGUCGGGCAGUUCUUGAUGGAAGGCGGCCAAUCCCUAGCCAUCGAAGUCGAUCUGGUACAGACAGACGGAAAGGUUCCUCACCGCAGGAGUUGCUGUCAACACACGUAUCUCCGCAGAACGACGCUGCCGACAAAAACGCCUCGAGGGUGAUAAUUGCUGCGGACACGGCAACAGGAGGUAGGUAUGAGGAGGUAAUGAACCGAUAAAGACAGCCACACUGAUGUGUGUCUCCGUGCUCUAUUUCCCUUCCCCCACAGAGGCCGAUAUAUUUGUCGAUGUCGAUGGGUCGGUGGAACUAGAAGCAAACGAGGAUUGUUGACAUUGUCUACCUACGUCUUCCCUCCCUCUCCUCGAUCAAUUGUGUGCAGGGCCUUCUACGAGAGCUCCACCAAUCCGACUGACGACUCUCGCAACUUUGAAGACUAUGUCAGCGUGCCUGUGACGGAAGGUGACAGUCUUUCCGCAGACGUUGUGGCGAUCGGCGGUCAGCCCGCUGACGUGGUGAGCGCGUGUGCCGCAGACAGUGCGAAAGACGCGACAAGCAUUACAAAAGACUCAUGCAGCAAACGCCUCCGUGCCGUGCGUGUGGUUGUAUUCAUACCAUGCAGUUCAUAUCUGUCUUUCCAGACGUUGACGGCUGCAUCCCGGCGCCGGCCUGUCCGCCAGGGGCCCUCUUCUGUCUCGCUGGUGGGGGCGGAUGGGAUGGAGACAGAGAUUUUGAAGAGCCGGACCGACGCACGCUGGGCGUCGACCGUCUUUGAUCAAUCGAUCGACGUAGGAAGCUGCCUCCCUGCCUUCAUGCUUGGCUGCUUGGCUGCCGUACUCUCACUUACCCCUCAUUGCUGCUUACCUAUCCAUAAUGUGCGUGUAUGUGUAUUUGUGUGUGUGCGUGUGCGAGCGUCUUUUGAUUGAUAAGUUCAUCUAGUCAGCACUCUAUCCGAAUGUCUGUUACUUCUCAUCGACCGGGAGACGACGUCUGUAGGACACACAUGCUUUGUGGGCGAGAAGCCUUAGACUCCACACCCUUGCUGUCUGUGUAUUGGUUCGUGUCUUUGCGAGAGGGAGGCGUCUAUCUGUGUGGAUUUUGCAUGCAGAUAGAGGCAUAUGCCCGGAGACAGUGUAGCUGCACUUCUGCGUGUGGGGAUCGAUGGGAAGUCACUCUUGUAUCGUGUUUCUUUUGCCGUAUGCGACUGUCAGCAACCAAGUCAGUGUUCUUCCUACUCGAUUGGAGACAAUAGCUGUUGGACACGUCAGUGCACCACACAUGAAGUGUGUGCGAGCCAUUGAUCAUGGUGGAUGAGUGAGACCUUACGAAAGACUAUCAUCAAGGCGUUCAUGUUGUU